AUGUUCGGCGGCCCCAUGAGUGCGGCGGGGAUCGUCUACCAGGCUAUGCGGGACAUCUUCGAAGAGGUAAGUCGGCUAGAGAGAGAGGCUGGCAAAGUGGUGAAGAUCAAGUGUUGUUUUCUGGAGAUUUACAACGAGGAGGUGUUUGAUUUACUGUUGACCCCGCCCUCCGACGAUAGCAUGAAUUCUGGUUUAAACACUAGCGGCAUCUCCGGCAAGCCUAGUAAAUCAAAGGUGGGCGAGCACCCCUCCCCGACCUCGCGCUAUUCCUCCCCGAACUCAUCACCGCAGAAGACUCGCGUGCAGCUUCAGUCGCGGGGCUUGUCGCGGAAGGACGCCGAGAAACAUUCUAACACCGACGACCUUCACAUCUCUGGCCUUAGUUAUAUCUAUCCUAAAUCACUAGAGGAAUUUGCGCGACGGAUAGAACAUGGCCAUUCGAACCGCGUCGUCGCGACGACAGAUUCGAACACAAAAUCGAGUCGCUCCCACGCGAUCAUCACCGUAGAGAUUAAGGUGCUCGAUAGGGGUGGGAGGAACAGCGAGGAUGACCAUAGAGGGGGAGCUUCCGACGUACAGGGGACGGUGGCGCGCAUUAACUUUUGCGACCUCGCAGGGUCGGAGCGGGCGGCCGCGACAACGAACUCCGGCGUAAGGCUGCGGGAAGGGGGCAGCAUCAACCGCUCGCUGCUGGCGCUCAGCGCGAUGGUGCGGGGUCUGAUUCAAAAGAAGCGGCAUCCGACGCUGCAGAAGUUCGUGCCCUACCGAGGCUCGAAGCUCACGCGGCUUUUGAGUGGGAGCAUCGGGGGAAAUAGCCGGACGCUGAUGCUCUUCUGCCUCAGCCCCUGCUCCAACCAGUACGAGGAGUCUGUCAACACGAUGCACUUCGCGAUGCAGGUGAAGCAGAUUCAGGUGAACGCGAAGCGCAAUGAGUACCACGUCAACAGCGAGCGGGUCGCGAAAUACCAAGGGGCGCUGAUCGAGGAGCUCUACUCCGAGAUCGGGCUGAUGCGAAUGGAGCUGGCGCGGCUCAAAGGCGUCCAGUCCUCCGCGUUACUCAAGGAUGGCAAGUUCACCACCGCGAAGAAUGACAAACGGGAGGGAUUAGGGCGUGCCAAACCCGCCGCCGCGCGCGCGUUCUUGGUGCCCUCCGGGUCGAAUGACUCGCUGACGAUGCGGGUGUGCUCGCCGCUGCAGCUCUCCUCCUUCUUGAGAGCGCAAUCGGCGACGCGGCGGGCCUCCAAGGCGAGCACCGCCGACGUCAGCCUUCGCUCGCCGCUGCCGCUUUUAUCCGUCGCCUCGACGGUGGCGUCGUUUGCGGAGCCGGUAUCGCCGCUCACGCCGCUGUUGAACAGCGCGUUUCGGCAGAUUUCCUCCUCGGAGCCGACCACCGGGCCGUUCUCCGGCAACGCCACGCAGGGAAAUCGCGAGGCUGCCAUGAACGCGUUGCCGCCUGCAGCCUUGAGUAAAUCCUCCAGCGGCCCGAGCCCCCAGUGCUCUCAUUUUCUCUCGCCGGAAAGCACCGGUGGGGGGGGGAUUGUUUACACGGAAUUGGAGCAGCGUCUCCGUCGAUCCGCCGCGGAGAAGGAGACGCUCUACCACCAACUCCGGGAUAUCCAGGAGCAGCAAAGCGAGUGUGAUAUUCGGCUGCGCGCGCAUAAGUGGAAACUCGCGCAGUUUCUCGUGAAUAGUUCCAUGAAUAGCCGCGGGAAGGAGUCCUCGAUUGAGGGGAUUGAUGUGAUGGAGCGGGAUGCGGACGACACCCCGGUUGGGAUCAUCGGCCUUCAGCAGCUGAUCCAACGCACCGAGGAGGAAAGCGCCGCCAAGGGGAAGGAGCUCACGAAGCUCAGCCUCGCGCUCGAGUGGUGUGAUAAUCGGAUCCAGGAAACCCGACAAAGUCUCUUGCGCGAACCGACGAGCGAGAUGCUCGAGUUGCUGCUCGAUAACGCCCGGCUUCGCGAUAGCUACACCGAGGCGGAAGGGCUCGCCGCUCAGUAUUAUCAAGAAUCCCGCGUCCUGCAAAACCGCCAGUCGGAGUACGUUCACGCGUUAUCCCUCGCCGUCGGGGCAAUUCGCGCGUUGCUGCCGAAUGUGAUUCACGAUCGAGCCUCCGCACACGUCGUGGAGCACGCGCGAUCGGUUCUGUUGUACGCGCUACUCCCUUCUGCGAACACAUCGGAUAUGAUCGCGAUCUUUCAGAACGCGCUUCACGCCGAUACGGCCGAGCUGCUUCCCCCGUUGCAUCCCUUUUCCUCACCGAAGGCCUCUCAACAACAGGAGGAGGCGCGGCCGCACCUUUCCCGUCGCGAUCGCACCGGGGAUCAGGAAGGGGAGCGGCAGAAGCUGCAGGAGCAUUACCAAGAACUCGUGGAGGUCGCGGAGCUCUUCCGGAGCACUUUCGCGCCGUACGAGCGCGGGAUGCGGCGUGCGAGCGAUUUUAUCGUAAAGGCCGAUCCCCCGGAGGACGCGAGCAAGGAGGACUCCCACGCCCCCUCGCUCGUGGGCGGGGAAAGCGGGGGGGAGGAGGAUGGCGCGCCGACGCCCGCCCUCGUCGAGCAAAUCACCCCUGCCAGCCCGCCGGACCCCCCAAAUGGGGGCGAGGGGUUCUCCAUGAGCGGCCUCGACGACUUUCCGUCGGCGUAUCCAGUGAAAAACGAACGCGUCGCCGGGGUCGAGGCGACGACACCUUCCCCACUCCCUCCGCUUCCGGCAAAACCCCACGCCCGACGCGCGGUGAAACCCCCGGAGGCCGCCCUCGCGCGGGCCGCGUUUUCGAAAAGCGGCAACGGCGUCGCGGAUCGUCGGGUGCGGGCGGGAAGUCAAUCCUCCACGAGUCGAUUCACGCGCGCCGGGCCCUCGGCCCCCUCGGACGAUCCCCUUUUCUCACCAGGCAAGGGCUCCGUCAGGGCGUUCGCGCCGACCCAAAUCUACACCGGCAGCUCGCCCCAAAAGCAAAAACUUUCGUCCUCGCUGAUUCGCAACAACACGGCGUUGGAAACCCCCUUCGGGAGUGUUUCCUCCCUGCCGGAGGUGAAGGCGCCGUCGUUGGUGCAUCUGUUUAAGCAGAACGGGCGAUUCUGUCGCGCGCAUACGAUCCCUUCCGUGGCGGUGGCCAACUCGAUGAAUAGGCCGAAUAGCAGUAGUUCCAGUAGCGUGAUGAGCAAAGCACAGAAUAAGGUGCGAAAAAAACAGACUUUUUUGUCGUAA